AUGAUCAGCUUUGGUCCCUCGGCCGCAUCUGCUCACUUGCAGCGCAAUGCCUCUCUAGCCGCCGAGAAGCAGAUGGCUCCGAAUGCUCAUGGACCUCAACAGAGAGCUUUCAGCCCUUAUACCGAUAAUGGAGGUAGCAUUCUUGCCAUUGCGGGCAAGGACUUUUGCGUGGUUGCGGGCGAUACGAGACAGAGCGAGGGGUACAACAUCAUGACUAGGUACAAGCCCAAGGUUUUCAGAUUGUGAGUAGCGUGGCUUCUUGGCUUGGCGAUGAAUGCGCUGCGCUGUUGCUCGGUGAUGGGCAAUGCGAAAGGGGAAGAAGAUAGAUGGGAGCGUGCGCAAUGAGCGCGCACUGACGCUACCAUCAUGUCAUGUCAUGUCAUGCCUUGCCCACCCCCCACUGCCCCUUUUGCGCGCAGGACGGACAAGGCGACGCUGGCUACGAAUGGCUUCAGCGCCGAUGCCGAUGCCCUCGUAUCUCGUAUCAAGCAGAGGUUGGAGAUGUACAGGCACGCCCACGGUUCUUCCAUGCCUCUAGCGUCCAUCGCCAGGUUGAUCAGCACCAUGCUGUACGGAAAACGCUUUUUCCCUUACUACGUCUACAAUAUCCUUGGAGGACUGGACGAGGAGGGAAAGGGUGCAGUGUACUCUUUCGAUCCGGUGGGAAGCUACGAGAGGGAAUUUUGCAGAGCUGCCGGUGCUGCCCAGAGCCUUUUGCAACCCUUUUUGGACAGCCAGGUGAGAAGGUUUGCGGCGUUUGCAAUGCCUGUCGUACGGCCCGCCAGCCAGCCAGCCAGCUGACGAUGCCUUGCAUAAUGUCCAACCCUUUUCCUUCAGAUCAUGUUCAAGAAUCAACUCUCCACGCCCACUCGUCCUCUGCCCGAGCCUGGCACCAUGGCGCUCCCAGACGUGCUGCGCAUCGUCAUGGACAGCUUCACCUCGGCCACCGAGCGUCAGAUUGAGGUGGGAGAUGGAUUGGAAAUGUUUGUGGUGAGGAAUCCGGCAGAGGCGGCCAGUGGUGGUGCUGCUUCAGUACAGCUCAAUGGAGCGGUGGAGGCUACGGGAGGAGAGGAUGAUCAAGUGGAAGGCGCUACGCUGGUGCUCAGAAGGGAGCUCAAGAAGGAUUAA